CUUCGUCAAACAUGUGGAGUAUCGUAUCAGCCGGUUUGAUAAACUCUAUCAGACAACAUUUGUCAUUGGUGGGAACAUAACAAUCAACAACGUGAUAAACUGUACUGCUCACUCACCAUUGUUGUAGUCUACGCAGUUGUUCGUCGUCCCCUGAGAUUUUUUUCAAGCGAACAAAUACUUUUUGAUAUUGAAAUAAAAUGGAUAAAGUGCCGAUUCUCGUGGCCGGUGAUGCAGGCAAAAUGAGAUUGAAAAAAUUGGCCUCACAUUUUGAAUCUCAUCACGGAGAGAAGCCGGAAUUUUUUAUCCGCGUACCAGGGCGAGUCAAUUUAAUUGGAGAGCACAUUGACUAUUCCGGUUAUGCGGUGUGUCCAAUGGCUAUUGAACAAGAUAUGUUGGUGGCGGUGGGACGGCGGAAGGAGAAUGGAAUAUCGAUAACAAAUAUUGAUUCUAAAUACGAAAAUGUUGACAUCGAUUUAUCCCCCGCAUCAUUCCGUGAACUGUUGAAGAAAGAUGAUAUCAAAUGGUACAAAUAUUUCGUAUGUGGACUUACCGAAGGCAUUGAACUAGUGGCCAAAUCAGGACAGGAGCACAUAAGUGGGUUGAAUGCAUCAAUUUGGGGCACGAUUCCUCCCGCUGCUGGUCUUUCGAGCUCUAGCGCUCUCGUUUGCUCCGGCGUUCUCGCAAUUACCCACGCUGAUAAGUUACAUCUAGCAAGGGAUGUGCUUGCAACGCAAAGUGCUAAAGCAGAGAGACUGAUUGGUACAGAGGGUGGUGGUAUGGAUCACGCAAUAGCGUUCCUCGCCCAGAAAGGUACCGCAAAGCUGAUAGAGUUCAACCCACUACGAGCCAUAGACGUCACACUACCGUGGGAUGCUGUCUUUGUUAUAGCAGACAGUAUGAAGCGACACAACAAGGCUGCAUUCAAUAACUAUAAUACCAGAGUCGUUGAAUGUAAGUUAGCAGCUAAAAUUAUCGCUAAAAAGUAUGGUGCCAGUUGGAGAGACAUUGAGAUACUCAGUGACGUGCAGAGGAUACUGGGGAAGACAUUGAAGGAGAUGGCAGAUAUUGCCUCUCAAGCAUUAAGUGAUUGUGACGUAUCAGAGAUAUGUAGAAUCCUCGAGGUAUCGACGACAGAGUUGUCAGCUCUUGUGAAGAUUGACGUCAAUGACAUGCGGACAUUCCAUCUUCGCAAGCGGGCUCAACAUGUUUUUGAAGAGGCUGCCCGGGUUAUCGAAUUCCAGGACGUUUGUAGUUUGGAGGGGAGUAACCAGAUUCAACGAUUAGGAGAAUUGAUGAUUGCCAGUCACAGGAGUCUUCGGGAUCUUUUCGAUUGCAGUAUCACUGAGGUGAAUCACUUGGUCGAUAUGGCACUCGAAAGUGGGGCUGCUGGUGCCAGGUUGACGGGGGCUGGAUGGGGUGGAUGUGUCAUCGCACUCACAACCAAAGACGAAGCUGAUGAAUUUGUGAAAAAUCUGGGUGACAAACUCAGGAAAGUGUACGGUCUAGGUGACGAGUGCGAUAUGGAGACAUUGAUCUUCAAAACUGAACCAGGCCAGGGGGCUGCCGUCUACCUUCCCGAUUUUUAGAAAACAUUUCACCUUUGACUACGAAACUUUGUGUAAUAUAAAUGUCAAUAAACGUUCCAUAGGUCUAAA